GUGCGGGCCUGGGCAGAGGCGCAGCGGGAGCGCGGGCGGCGCGUGGCGCUGGUGACGUCGGGCGGGACCCAGGCUCCAGUGUGAUGUUCUACCUGGCAGCAGCCGUGUCAGAUUUCUACAUCCCAGCAUCAGAGAUGCCUGAGCACAAGAUCCAGUCCUCUGAGGGUCCCCUGCAGAUCACAAUGAAGAUGGUGCCAAAAAUGCUGUCUCCUCUAGUCAAAGAAUGGGCUCCUGAAGCAUUUGUUAUUUCCUUUAAGUUAGAAACUGAUCCCUCCAUCUUAAUUGAUAAAUCACGGAAGGCUCUGGAGACAUAUCGUCAUCAGGUGGUGAUAGCAAAUGUCCUUGAUUCACGGAGAACAUCUGUUCUUCUUGUAACGAAAGACUCGGAAACUAAGUUAUCACUUUCUAAUGAAGAAAUAGCACAAGGUGUGGAAAUAGAGGAGAAGAUAGUGAGCCAUCUUCAGUCUCAACACACUGCAUUUAUAGAUAAACAACACUCUGAAAGGAAAGGACCAGCUUGUUCUAGCUCUGAAUGAUCAGAAACAAAUUGAACUUUGUGAGGCUGUGAGUGGAACUGGAGGAAAUCUCAUUGCAGUAAAUGGAGGAAAACACUAUCUGAGGCAUUGUGUAUGAGGUAAAAAGUGUGAACAUCCAACAUAGUUUGACUCAUACAUGACUUCAUAAGUUAUUUGCUGCUUAUGUAAAAAAAACAACCCCAAAACACUGAAAUGAAAACAUUCCCCUAAGGAUGGUAUUGUGCGAGUUUGUAGAGAGGAGAGGGAUGUGUUUCCCUAAUCCUUUCCUUGUUUGGGGGUGGGGAAGCAAGGGAUAGAUGUGUGCAUGUUACAGUUUCUGCUUCUUCAAAACUCCAUGUAGCAGCCCAUUUUGAAGUCCCAGAAGGGUGGGCAGAGGCCAUCAGAAAAAAAUUCCUUCCCCCACCCCCUUAAAUGGGAGAGGGGUCACAGAGGCAGGGGACAACAAAUGAUUAAAUAGGAAGAUGGGGGAUUCAAUCAAAGAUGUAAAAUGGGAACCAUAUGGGGACAUUGAGCAGAGAACUCUGGACAGUACCCAUAGCGCCACAAAGGAGGUGAAGAAGUCAGAGAAACUUUCUGGGUGUGAGACAGUAUCGGAAUAGAAGUAGUCCCUGCAAUUGCAGUGAACCUCCCUGUCAAGCUACUUCUUCCUGGUUUGGUAAAUGACCAUUUGGCCAGUAACAGAAGGAGGUUGAUGAGGAGGUCUUGUGAUUUUAUGGAGCCACAGAUAGGAAGUCCUUAGAGGAGUAGAUGUUGAGGGAAAGUACAGAUAGAACCUCAUCAGAAGGUUCUGGAGGAUGUGAAAGGGAUCUGUUACCUGGCACAGUGGAGGUAAGUGUGUGCCCAGGUCUCCCUCUCUGUAGAAGGGGCAGGCAUCAGGGAUGUCCAUGAACCACGCCUGUGCUCACAGCCGCCAACUAAUAUCCCUGGUGGGCAAAGAAACCAAGGUGGAAUAAAAGCUGGCUAAUGGGUUCGUCACCCUUGCAAAAUGGUAUAAUCAUCUGCCAUAUGGUGCCAGUAUGUAAUACAAAGUCAAAGAAAUGCAUGCUGUGGAGCAUGUAGAGAUUGACACCAAUCAGAGCCAGCCCACAGGCAUCAUACCUGCUGCGAGGACUCACUCCUUACUUUCAAUUCUGCUUUCAUGUACUGUAUUGCUAUGUCCACAUUGAAACACAUUCCUUAAUUACUGUUCUAACAUACUGUGAGGAGAGGUGGUAAAUGCAGUUAGCUGGACCUCUCUGGGCAAGGAAGUUAAUUUAGAUUAUGUUGAAACAGA